AUGGGCUGCGGAGGGAGCCGGGCCGACGCCCUGGAGCCGCGCUACCUGGAGAGCUGGACGCGAGACACCGAGUCCACCUGGCUCACAGGCAGUGACACGGACGCGGGCCCGGACAGCG